AUGACUGAUGGAAAUACACCAUCUAAUAAAGGUGGAUAAUCUACGAAAUCUAAAAGCAAAAGUAAAUACACUUCUAAAUUUGAGUAAAAGAAUAAAAUACAAUAAAGUAUGACAAGAUCAUUCAGACAGAAACUUGGCUUGUAUACUGCUCAUUUAGAUCCUAAAAAUGCCACAAAGUUUGAAAACUUGCCCAUAGGUAAUUGCCCUUAUUGCUUAAAGCAAAGAGUAUUUAUGGUCGAUUUUGAUUGUGGGCACAGUUAUUGUUCUAAAUGUGCCUUGAACUUAGUUAAAAUAACAAAAAUUAAGAAGGGAUUUAAAGAUAUUCGAGAGUAUGAUGAAGAAAGAAUUAAAAAGAUGGAAAAAUAUCAAGAGUCAUUAAAGAGUAACUAUAUAGGACCUCCUUGCCAUUUAUGCCCAAAUAAUCUUGAAAAGCCUCCUCUACCUGCAUAAUUUGAGUGUUUAAAUUGUGAAUCAACCUUGCUUUGCUAUGAUUGUAAAAUUAAACAUUAGAGGAAUUCCAGAUAUAAGGAUCAUAAAAUAGUUAGGUAUGAAGAGCAAGCUGAGAAAGAAAAGGAGACAUUGAAAUAAGAGAUUUAAGUGGAGAUAGAAAAAGUAGAGACUGCAAUUCAAUACUUUUCAGGUAUAGAGGAAAUAUUUGUAAACUAAAAAUAACUAUACUUGAAAAAGCUUUCAGCUGAUUUUGAAGUUAUAUAUAAGCUUGUUGAAAGAAAACAUGCUGAAUUAAGAGAUAAGAUUAGUACGACAUAUGAUUAAAAUUUAAAAGAGGCUUACUAGUAUGUCGAAGGAUUAGAAGCACUUAAGGAUACAAUAAUUUAACUUGAAAAAAUGGAUAUUAAAGUUGACAUAGAUUAAGUUAAUCUGAAUAAAGCAAUAAUGUAUAGACUAAGAGAAAUUGAAACUGAACUAGAUUUUGAGGUAUAAAGUCAAGAUAUGGAUUUAAUAGAAUCAAGAUUUAUUCAAGAGCCAUUUUAGAAGAUUGAGAGGUCUCUUAUAAAUUUUGACUUCUUCCCUAUUUAAAACAGUUAACUCAAUAACCUCUAAAAAAUAUUUACUCUAGGAAACUCUAAGAUAUUGACUCUAGAUGCUUUUACUACUGAGCUGCUAUUUGUUAUGCCUCAAAAAAUGAAAAAAGCUGAACUUAUAUAUUAGCAUUCAACUGAAUUAACCGCGAUAUAAAUUGAGGCAAAUUAACUAAAAGCUCAGUAACAGUAGUAGCAAUAGCAAAAAUAAGCAGAGACGCCUAAACACGGAUCUCAUACUCCAAAACCUGGUUAAUCUACACCUUCACCCGUUCCAGAUAUUAAUUAAAAUGAUCUACUAUUGCCAGUUACAGGAGCCUAGAGAUUUCAUUAGAAAUGUGAUAACAGAGGUCCAACUUUAGUAAUAGUAAAAGCGAAUGAAGGUCAUAUAUUUGGCGGAUUUAAUCCGACAAGUUGGGUCUCAGAGUUUAUGUAUAGUGAGUGUGAUGAUGCCUACUUAUUCUCUAUUACAGAUGGAUAAGGUAGAAAACCAAUUAAAUGCCCAAUCAAAUAAGAAAAGAAGGAUAAAGCUAUUAAGCAAAAUGAGAAAAGCUAUAGUCCAGCUUUUGGAGAGGCUAAUAUUUCAGAUCUUUUUAUUGCCUUUAAAAAUCUGAGUAAUUCUUAUAGUAUGCUGGGAAAUGUAUAUAAGUUGCCCAAAGGUUAUAAAAGUGAAACAUUUUUAGCUGGAAAGCAUAAUGAUUGGAAAAUAGAUGAGAUAGAAAUAUGGGCUGUUAGUUAUUGA